AUGAAGCUCAUCCGGUGCGUUUUGCUAACAGCCAUAGUGACAUGGUGUGCCGCGGGGAAGCUGAAGCAGAGCCUCUUUUCCAAUUUGGUUAGCAUAGACAUGCAGUUUUUGAGUGCCCACAGAAAUGAGUUAAUUGCAAAGUACGUGGGGGAUGAGGACUGCAUGGUGUAUGAGCAGAUUACGAAGGACAUGCAUUUAAGGAGGAACUACGUGGAGGUGAUCAUCCGGGGUGACUUGAAGAACAGGGGAGAUAAGAGCGUCGACAGCUUUGUCUUCUUGCUUCCCUACCACGAGGCCUUUCAGGCCAGCACCCUCCGCGUGAGAGACCAGGACCGAAACGAGCUGCGGUACCAAGUGCUGCAGGAGCCCAGGCGUGACGCCAGCGAAAUCGAGGUGGACCCCUUCAAUGAGGACUACGACUUGGAGCAAUUCCAAGUGAAGGCCUACAGGGUGACUCUAAAAAGGAGAUUACACAAAGGUGAAAAGGUCUCUCUCCACUUUGGCUACGCCCUGGGACAGCCCUACUUCCCAUUUCCUGUUGACCUAUCCCCAGGGGAAGAACAAAAAUUGAUGUUUUACCUUUCCUCCAAAAUUCUUUUGCCCUACGAUGUGGAAGAGAGGGAAGAGCUAAAAAUAUUUCUGUGCAAAAAUUGUGCCAUCGCGCGGAUAGAGGAUGGCGAUUUUUUGCGCAGCUUCGUAAAGGUCAACGAGGACACGUAUGUUUGUGAGAGGGGGGGGGGAGGAAGAAGGAGAGCAGUGGGCGAUCAUCCCCAGGGGGAGGCGGCCAUCCGAACCGACCCAAACGAGUUCCCCGCACAGGAGCGCGAACUGGGCCGGUUCACGCUCGGGCAGAAGGCCCUGUUCUACUUCCGCGCCAACAACCAUUUAGGCUACUGCGAGCGAGUCACCAAGGAAAUAAAAUUAUCUCAACUAGGUUUUGUGUACGAACGGGAAGAAUACGUCCUGCGAAACGACGCAGCGAGGAUAAACACCUUUGAUAGGUACGUUCUUAGCGACUACGAAAGUAGACACACGUCGGAGGGGAAGGGGAAAGGAAAGGGAACAGACGAUCAGUCCGCCACAAUUAUUUAUUCCAUGAAGUCCAAAAUAAAUUACGACAUAUACGAAUAUGAAUACUUUGAUGACCUUGGCAAAAUAUAUCUCAUCCAAGCGGAAGAAAUAUUUGAUCAUAAAAAAAAAAACAGCCAUAUUAUGUUUGACUUGAGGCCCAGGUACCCCCUCCUGGGUGGGUGGAGAGCUCACUUUUUUAAUUCCUUUUACCAUGACUCGAAUUUGUACAGAAUUAAAAAUAAGGAAAACUAUUAUGCGUACAAAAUUGAUAUUGCUCCAUCCAUUAAGGCGUUUUUUAUAAAGCAACUGAAGGUGAGGAUUUCGCUGCCCCCCUUCUCCGAAAACGUUGCAGUUGUUUCCAGGGACGACAGUGUUAAUGUGCUGACCAGCAAGCAGAAGGAGUGGCUCGAUCUUUUUUCCUUCCGAAAUGUCGUCGAAAUUCAAAUCGAGAAAUUCUUCCCCCCACUGGACGAGAACUACUACCAGGACCUGCUCGUCAUGUACAAGUUUAGGUUUUUCAACCAUUUUUGGAAGCCCCUCCUGGUCAUCCUCAUCGCGUUCGCCGCGAUCCUCCUGCUCUGCCUCCUGCGCGAGCUCCCCUUCGACUUCAACACGGCGAAGGAGAAGGCGGACAAGCGGGGGAGCGAAGAGCACGCCACCUUCCUGGAGAAGUGCAAAGAGCUGUACGAGAAUUUGUCCUACAUAUCAGACCAACUGAUCCAAUCGAUGAGCAAGCUGACCCCCGAGGAGAAGGUCAGCCAGAAGGUGGAGCUCUUGGAAGCAGAAGACAAAUGGACCUACGAUUUUAUCUACUACACGAAGGAAUUCUACAGGAAUUUCGAGCGCUCCUCGAGCAAGCAGUCGCUGCAGAGCUACGUGGACAAGUGUUUCAAUUAUCACGCGAUUGUGAAAAAGUACUUCGAGGCGCAGCUGCUCAACGACUUGAGCUUUAACUUGAACGAAGUCGCGCAGGCGGAGAAGGAACUUUUGCUUCUGCUAAAGUACACGUAG